UUGAGUGUUGUCAGGUGUUUGUCAUACAAUUCCCCAGAGGGAAAACAAAGAAGGUGUAAUUGUAAUUAAAAGACGCCAGCUUGAGACUAUGUAUAAAUUCAGAAGCGCAGCAGAAACAUGAAAGGAACCAUAAGUGUGGCCAGAGGAGAAAGACUGAAGAGAAGGAAAGCUCACUGGAUGUAUUCAGAGGCAGAGAGACACCUGACACCAAAGUCUAAGUCCUCUGCCUACCUGGAAAAUCUUGUGGACAGAUCUCCUGAUCUAACACCAAUGAGUUGUAAUGAUGAAGAAAACUGCUGCUUAGAACACGUUGAGGAACCUCCUGGAGUCGAAUGUAAAGGCUCGAAGGGGCAGAUCAACCUCAUGGAUCAGGAAACCAACAUCAAAGAUUUUCUGACUGAAGAUGAUAUUUACUGCUGCUGCCUCUCCAAGACACUGCUGUACACCGCUACGCCCGUCACCAUCGGCUUCUACUGUCCCGCCGGGAGCCGUUUUAAUUCACUGCUUGAUAAAAUUACAGCCUGCAUGCUCAAAGAAUCCCUUCAGAGAGAAGAAGAGGAGCUGAGAAAAUCACAACUAAAGCCAAGAAGACCUGAAGGUUGGGGCUAUUUUCUUCUCCUGUGGUAUCUGGUCUUCUACCAGCCUGUGAUCACUGAGGUCCACCUGAGGAGGGAGAACAUUCAGUUCAUCUUCAUCAGGUUUAGUGCUUGGCAAUAUGCUGGCAGCGACAAGCUGUGGGCAGGGCUGGUCACCACGCUCUGUCAAAGCAUCCGCAAGCACUUUGGUGCCCUGCCUUUGAGCUUUUACCACGUGAUGGGGAAAAGUCCCAGAUAUGCCUCUGGCUUUAGCCAAGACGAAUGGCUUCUCAACAGGCGGACCUGCCUUACACUAGGAGGCCUCGUGUUUGUCCUCGUGGCAGGCAUAAGUCUGCUCUCCGUGGCCCUCUUUGUGCCAGGACUAAAAGACAGCAGGGCGUUAAAAGUCAUCGGCAGUACUACCACCACCCUGUCUGGAUCAGGAAUAUUAGUGACUGUUAUCUCUGUGGUUAAGAACGUAGUUAUCAGCCAGAAGCAGAAAAUCGAGAAGAUGACAGACAGCGAGAAGUUUAGCAGCCACCUGGGCUUCAUGAGCCAAGUGAAGAAGGAAAUUGAGAUGCUGACCAGCUUUGUGUACUACAUGGAGAUCUAUCAGAGACGGCGGCUGCGCAUAGUGCUGGAGAUCACCAGUCUGGAUAUGUGCUACCCAGAGAGGGUCGUUGGGGUUUUGAAUGCAAUAAACACUUUGCUCUCGGACACGAACGCCCCAUUCAUUUUCAUCCUGGUGAUAGAUCCCAGCAUCAUUGCAUCGUGUUUGGAACAAACCAGCUGCAUGAAAGGAAUGGCUGACAAUGGGUACCUGUUCCUGAACCGCACGGUGACUUUGCCUUUUUCAAUGCCAGAGAUGGGCACAAAGUCCAAAAUCCAGCAAUUGCAGGAUGCUGUCCAGAGCCGGGAGGACCUGAUGUACAAAAUCAUCACAAAAAACAUGGAAAGGGGAGUCAAGAACGUAAAGGGGGAAAUGAUAAACCUGGAAGAUAUGGAGAUGUCCAGUGAAAUGGACCAAAGCCAAAUCGAUGCUCAUGCUAUGAGGUAUAUUCAUGAAGCAUUUCAUGCUCUGCACGAUGAGACUGAUUGUCUCUGUGCAUACAUUCCAGACAGCAUUAUCCAAGUGAAAAGGAUAGUCAACACAAUUCCCAUCACCAUCAGACUCAUGCUCCAGCAGAACGUUAUGAGACACACAAUGUCUGCAAGGUCCGUGGCUGCAUGGGUGGUCAUGGCUAAUCAAUGGCCAUGCCGCUUGAGUUGGGUGCUGCAGUGCCUUCAGGACAGGCAGCAGAUUCGACCAAUGGAGGAGGAGUUCAGGAACCACUCCCUAUGGGGAAUCUUCGUGGAAAACUGUAAAGAGCUGUACUCCAUGCACAAAGUCCUCGAGAAUAUCCUGGCCUUGGAUGGGGACCCAGAACAAUUUGAGAAUUUUUUGUCUCAUGAUUUUCCUUUCACAGUACAGGAGGCCAACACCUUUCUAAAGUCCACAAUCAAUCUGGACCAUUCAAUAAGGCAAAAAUUGGGUCUAAUUCGAGCAGUUAAUUCACUGAAUAAGGCCAAUGAUACAAGCGUAACUAAAUCUGCCCAGGUGUCUAAGGGUGUGCAGUGUUCUGGUUUAGAGGAAUGCAGUUAAACAAUUGAAAAGACGUCCCUUAUUUGCCUUAGAAAGGAAAAAAGGAAAAAGUUACCAUCUAUGAACUAUUGAAUGAUUCAGUGAAAAUCAGUCCGGUGCUUCUAUUGACUAAAUUUGCAGCUACCCUCACCUAGGUAGUUAAGUCAAAACUACUUAAAUGCUGCCAGCUCUCACGUUUGAGGGUAUACAGUGCUCAUCUGAGCCAAAAUAACAGAAUAAGUCCUCCUUUUUAAGAGAGUCUAAACCGGCCCUCUGACAUUGCAGGCCCAGAUAAUGGUGGCCUCAUCUCAGCACAGCGAUUCUAACUACCUGCGCGCAGCCACAUAGCUAAAGCCAACAUUUUUUUGAGUGGUUUCAGAGUAACAGCCGUGUUAGUCUGUAUUCGCAAAAAGAAAAGGAGGACUUGUGGCACCUUAGAGACUCACCAAUUUAUUUGAGCAUAAGCUUUCGUGAGCUACAGCUCACUUCAUCGGAUGUUUGAGUGUUCAACUUUAGGUGUUUUAAGCUGGGCACCCAAAACUUGCGGCAGCAAAAGUCAGGGCCCAUUUUUGAAAACUUUUCCCUAAAUAUUUAAGUGCAAUAAAAUGUCACUCACAAUUCUUGUCCCCCACAAAAUUGCAGAUGUAAAUUUGGAAGCAACUUUUCAAAACCAGGCUCUAGACAAACACCAAUUGUUUCCUCUAGUAUUGUAAAUACUAAGCCGAAGCUUUCCCUUAGCCACUCCCACACAGUUUGGCUCUCUUGGAUGAAGUAUUGAGCAGAACGUGCCCUUGACCAGAUGUGGGGUGUGUAAGUGAGCGGUAACUUGUCUGAAUUCUCAUGUAUACUCACGCCACUUUACAGUGCUCUGUCAGUAUAAAGGGGCCUAAAGUGGGAGAAACUGAUAAGGACCCUUUACACUGCCAGAGCACUAUGUCAAUAGGAAUCAGUUUACUGGGUACGGUGUAUGGAGAUGUGUCUCUGCAAUGGAGCAGGAGGCAGUGAUCCAUGUGUGUAAUAGCAAAGGUGAUAAGUAAGUCUGUGACUACGAAGGUUGGUAAAUUUGAAGGGAUGCUAGUAUGCAGGUACAGUAUGAAGGUGCCAAGUGUUGUAAUUAUGGUGCGAGUGUGCUGGUCGAAUGAUGAUCAGCUGUGAAGGUAUGAGCUGUGUGUGCACGCACACCACCAUGAGUUACGUAAGCAGGCAUCAGUGAUUUGCGCAGCCCAUAGGCAUGAAGUGUCGUAGUGUGGCAUUAGGUGCAUGGAAUUAUAGCUCUCUACUGGUUUUAACAUUAUAGUCACCUAUUAGCUCCAUCUCUGCAUCUCUCUCCCUUUGAAUUUAGAUGAAUAGAGUGAAACAAGUCUCAGUCAGGCUUCUGUAUAGAACACCUACCAGAGUGUCUCAUUUCUUGCCUUAUAAUGCCAUCAUGUGGCCGGUUAUUUUGCUGAUUUAAAGCUACACAAAGCUCCAUCCCCAAGUUUUUCUACUCUUUUACUACUUUAUUAUACUCUCGUUUUCUCUGUUGUUCCAACAAUCAGUUUCCCAGCCUUUGGAUGUUUGACUGUUUAUCUUCCACUGGUACAGAUCUGAGGAGCACCAGCAGCCUGUCCCCUCUGUGGAGUGGUGCUGCCCCUAUGGGGAUGUUACACUCACCCAGGAGGAGCAGAGAACUGUGAUUCUGUUAAAGAACCUUUUUUUGCAGGUUUCCCAUUGUCCAUUGUGGCAGGGCACUGCUGAGGAAGCAUGUUACAAUCAGGAAAUACAACGUUAAGGUUAAAUGAUCAGUCUCAACUCACUGAGUGCGUGCAUUCAAAUAAAGGCUCUCUUGAUUUCAUUGCAUAGAACUUGUUAGGUAUUAGAAUGUAAUAUUAUAGCAUGGAAAUGGAAAAUUUAGGUCACAGAUGUACAGAUUUGUGUACAUGACCUCCUAGUGCAAUCCUGUGGCAAAGAGAUCACACAACAUGUGGAUGUAUUAGUAGGGGAAUUUGAAGUAGGAAGAGGGAGGUGGUAUAAAGCAAUGAGGAGAGCAGUCCUAGAAUACUUUGUCUAGUUCUUGUGCCCACACUUGAAAAAGGAUGGUGAAAAAUUAAAGAGGGUUCAGAAAAGAGCUAUAAGAAUCUCAGUGAGACUAAAGGAACUCAAUCUACUUAGCCUAUUGAAAAGAAGGUCACAUCGUGAUUUGACCGUGGCCUCUACAUGAGAAGAUAUUUAAUCUAGCAGACAAUGGUAAAACUUUGCUAAGUGCCUGUGUGACUUAGGAGCCUAAGUCCCAUUUUCAAUAUGUGGGGAGUGGGAUCCUAAAUUACUUGGGUACUUUUGAAAAUUUUAUCCAUAAUCUCAUUGAAAAUGGGAUUUAGGUUACUAAAUCACUUAGGCACUUUUGAAAACAUUACCCCCAUAUGUGAAUUUAAAGGACACAAGUCAUGGAGAAUUUCUCACAUCCCUUUGCAAACUGUUGCAAUGGUUAAUUAUGCUCAUAGUUCAAAAUGCGUGUCUUACGUCCUGUUUGAGCAUUGCUGACUUCAUCUUCCAGCCAUUGGAUCUUCUUAUGAUUGUGCCUGCUAGAUUAAAAGGCCCUUUCCUAUCAAAUAUCUUCUCCAUAUGUGGGUACAUAUAGACUGCAAUCAAGUCUUUCCAAACAAUCUGUCUCAUCCACAAGUUGUUGGGCUGUCUGCAGGAAUUACUGAAUGGAAUUCUCUGGCAUGUUAUUAUUCAGGUCAGACUCGGUGAUCACAGUGGUCCCUUCUGGCCUUAAAACCCGAUGGAAGAGGGCGCGUUGCUGUAAUAUGAUGAUUAUGUCUCAGCUGAAAUAUAGCAAUUUUGUUUUUAGAGAACAAAACUAAGUAAGCAAAUAAAGCAAAGCCUUGUGAUUUCUGUAAAUACAUGUAAAGUAUCCAAUCCGUAGUGAAACACACUUUUAAACUCCAUAAUUUAUACAAGAAAAUAUUUAUUUUGAUAGCUGUCUGUGCGCUGGUAAUGCACCGUGAGCCAGGGUGUACACCUAACCCAGGAGAAGGCACAGAUGUCUUCUUUGUUUGCUAGUCAUUUGUCAGUCUGAAUAAAGAAUGUUGGAG